GCUUGCUUGGAUUGACUGAAUACAGUUAUUAAAAAUAAAUAUGGAAAAUGAACCAGACCAUGAAAAUGUGGAACAGAGCCUCUGUGCCAAGAGUACUGAAGAAGAACUGAAUAAGUCUUUCAAUCUAGAAGCUUCGCUUUCAAAAUUCUCUUACAUAGAUCUGGACAAGGAACUGGAGUUCAAAAAUGAUCUGAUUGAUGACAAGGAGUUUGAUAUUCCUCAAGUUGAUACUCCUCCAACACUGGAAAGCAUACUAAAUGAGACUGAUGAUGAAGAUGAGUCUUUUGUUCUUGAGGAUCCUACAUUGUUAAACAUUGAUACUAUUGAUUCUCACUCAUAUGAUACUUCAUCUGUGGCAAGCUCAGACAGUGGUGACAGGACCAAUUUAAAAAGGAAGAAGAAAUUACCUGAUUCUUUUUCACUCCAUGGAUCAGUUAUGCGACAUUCACUUUUGAAGGGAAUUUCUGCCCAGAUAGUAUCUGCAGCUGACAAAGUAGAUGCUGGCUUGCCCACAGCAAUUGCAGUGUCCAGUCUGAUAGCAGUGGGUACAUCUCAUGGACUGGCUUUAAUAUUUGAUCAGAAUCAAGCUUUGCGACUCUGUCUGGGGAGCACUAGUGUUGGAGGUCAGUAUGGAGCCAUCUCUGCCCUCAGUAUCAACAAUGACUGCUCAAGACUCCUUUGUGGCUUCGCUAAAGGUCAGAUCACCAUGUGGGAUUUGGCCAGUGGAAAACUUCUAAGAUCAAUAACAGAUGCUCAUCCUCCAGGAACAGCAAUAUUGCAUAUCAAGUUUACAGAUGAUCCAACUCUCGCAAUUUGCAACGACAGCGGAGGCUCUGUUUUUGAAUUGACAUUUAAGAGAGUGAUGGGAGUGAGAACAUGUGAAUCUAGAUGUCUCUUCAGUGGUUCCAAGGGUGAAGUUUGCUGUAUUGAGCCUCUGCAUUCUAAGCCUGAAUUGAAAGAUCAUCCCAUCACACAGUUUUCAUUAUUGGCCAUGGCUUCCUUAACAAAGAUACUGGUCAUUGGAUUGAAACCAUCGUUGAAAGUAUGGAUGACUUUUCCCUAUGGUCGGAUGGAUCCUUCCAGUGUUCCAUUGCUGGCCUGGCACUUUGUGGCAGUGCAUAAUUAUGUGAAUCCCAUGCUUGCCUUCUGCAGAGGAGAUGUCGUUCAUUUUCUAUUGGUUAAGAGAGAUGAAUCUGGAGCAAUACAUGUUACAAAGCAAAAGCACCUUCACCUGUACUAUGACCUCAUCAACUUUACUUGGAUAAACUCACGCACAAUUGUGCUCUUAGACAGUGUAGAGAAGUUGCACGUGAUUGAUCGGCAAACUCAAGAGGAAUUGGAAACAGUAGAAAUCUCAGAAGUUCAGCUGGUCUAUAACAGCAGCCAUUUCAAAUCACUAGCCACUGGAGGAAAUGUUAGCCAGGCACUGGCUUUGGUUGGAGAGAAGGCUUGUUAUCAAUCCAUCAGUAGCUAUGGUGGUCAGAUCUUUUAUUUGGGGACAAAAUCUGUUUAUGUGAUGAUGCUGAGGAACUGGAGAGAAAGAGUGGAUCAUCUCCUGAAACAGGAUUGUCUUACAGAAGCCUUGGCUCUUGCAUGGUCUUUCCACGAAGGAAAAGCAAAAGCAGUAGUGGGAUUAUCAGGAGAUGCCAGCAAGCGAAAAGCUGUUGUUGCAGACCGGAUGGUAGAAAUCCUGUUCCAUUAUGCAGAUCGAGCUCUGAAAAAGUGUCCAGACCAAGGAAAAAUCCAGGUGAUGGAGCAGCAUUUUCAGGACAUGGUGCCUGUCAUAGUUGAUUACUGCCUCCUGCUGCAACGAAAGGAUCUCUUAUUUAGCCAGAUGUAUGAUAAAUUAAGUGAGAAUUCAGUGGCCAAAGGAGUGUUUUUGGAGUGCCUUGAGCCAUACAUUUUAAGUGAUAAGUUGGUGGGUAUCACACCCCAGGUAAUGAAAGACUUGCUCGUUCAUUUCCAAGAUAAGAAGUUAAUGGAAAAUGUGGAAGCCCUUAUUGUACAUAUGGAUAUCACCAGUCUGGAUAUUCAGCAGGUAAGUUUACUGACAUGGGAGCAUAAAAUUUUUGAUUAUCUUUUUAAAAAUGUUCUUUGAGAUGAUGGUAAUUGUUUUCCUAUUUUAAUGCAGAAGCUUUUCAGAGUCAUUGCUCCUCCUCUGAAUGCAGGAAAAACGCUAACAGAUGAACAAGUUGUUAUGGGAAACAAGCUUCUUGUAUAUAUUAGGAUGAAGGGAAAAGAAACUUACAACUGGAAAUUAGAUCUAGUUGUCUUAGGAAACCUUAGAUGUCUAGAGGAGAACAUAAGCGUACUUGGUGGCUGGCAAACUUUUGAAGAUUUUAAAAAUGAUAAGCAAGCUGUGGAAUAUCAACAGCGAAUUGUGGAUAUUUUGUUGAAAGUUAUGGUGGAGAAUUCAGAUUUUACUCCCUCGCAAGUAGGGUGUCUCUUUACAUUCCUCGCUCGGCAGCUUGCAAAGCCUGACAAUACCUUGUUCGUAAAUAGAACGCUUUUUGAUCAGGUCCUUGAAUUCCUUUGUAGUCCUGACGAUGACUCCCGACACUCUGAAAGACAGCAGGUCCUUUUAGAAUUGCUGCAGGCUGGAGGCAUAGUUCAAUUUGAAGAGAGUCGGCUCAUCCGUAUGGCAGAAAAAGCUGAGUUCUAUCAAAUUUGUGAAUUUAUGUAUGAACGAGAACACCAAUAUGACAAAAUUAUUGAUUGCUACUUACGUGACCCAUUGAGAGAGGAGGAAGUUUUUAAUUACAUUCACAAUAUCUUAUCCAUUCCUGGACACAGUACAGAGGAAAAGCAGUCUGUAUGGCAGAAAGCAAUGGAUCAUAUUGAGGAACUUGUGUCUCUGAAGCCCUGUAAAGCUGCGGAGCUGGUUGCUACCCACUUUUCUGGACAGAUUGAAACAGUCAUUAAAAAACUUCAGAACCAGGUUUUGCUUUUCAAAUUUUUGAGGAGUCUUCUUGACCCAAGGGAAGGUAUUCAUGUAAAUCAAGAAUCGCUGCAAAUUUCUCCCUGUAUUACAGAGCAGUUCAUUGAGCUGUCGUGUCAGUUCAACCCAAACCAAGUUAUAGACACGCUGCAAGUCCUUGAGUGCUACCGCCUAGAAGAAACUAUUCAGAUUACUCAGAAGUAUCAACUUCCUGAAGUCACUGCUUAUCUAUUAGAAAAGAAAGGAGAUAUUCAUGGUGCCUUUUUAAUAAUGUUAGAGCGACUACAGAGCAAACUUCAAGAUAUAAUACAUCAAGGUGAAAAUACCAAAGAGGAUCCCUCACUGAAGGAUGUUGAAGAUACUAUGGUAGAGACAAUUGCUCUUUGCCAGAGAAAUUCACAUAAUCUGAACCAGCAGCAACGAGAGGCACUCUGGUUUCCAUUAUUGGAGGCAAUGAUGGGCCCUCAGAAGCUGUCCAGUUCAGCUGUCCCUCAUCUACACUCUGAAGCCCUGAAAUCUUUGACCAUGCAAGUUCUAAACAGCAUGGCAGCAUUUAUUGCCCUUCCAUCAAUCUUGCAAAGAAUCUUACAGGAUCCAGUUUAUGGAAAAGGAAAACUUGGAGAAAUCCAGGGACUUAUUCUGGGCAUGUUAGAUACAUUUAACUAUGAACAAACUCUGCUGGAAACAACCACCAGCCUUCUAAACCAAGAUCUCCAUUGGUCGUUGUGUAACCUUAGAGCUUCAGUCACUAGAGGACUGAAUCCCAAACAGGAUUACUGCUCUAUAUGUUUGCAGCAGUACAAGAGACGCCAAGAAAUGGCAGAUGAAAUUAUUGUGUUUAGCUGUGGCCAUUUGUAUCACUCAUUCUGUCUACAAAACAAAGAAUGCACCACAGAAAUUGAGGGCCAAACAAGAUGGACAUGCUACAAGUGCAGCUCAAGUAACAAAGUAGGAAAACUAAGUGAAAAUUCAUCUGAAAUUAAAAAGGGAAGGAUAACCCCGUCACAGGUAAAAAUGUCUCCAUCGUAUCAUCAGUCCAAAGGGGAUCCUACAGCUAAGAAGGCAACCUCAGAACCUGUUCUGGAUCCACAGCAAAUCCAAGCAUUUGAUCAGCUUUGCCAUCUCUACCGAGGGAGUUCUAGGUUGGCUCUCCUUACGGAACUCUCCCAGAAUCGCAGCAGUGAGAGCUACAGGCUGUUCAGUGGCUCCCAGAGCAGCCCUGCUUUCAACAGCAUCUUCCAGAACGAGAACUUCCAGCUGCAGCUCAUUCCCCCGCCCGUGACUGAGGACUGAAGCCUCCCUGGGGCCUGGCCCUGGAGACCCGGAGACGACGAUCCCAAGGCGACUGGAGAUCAGCCCGCUUCUCCGACCAGCUUGGCCCCCACUGCCUCCCACACUUCUGUGCCCAGGGCUUCUCAGUGUAGACUCCCCGUCUCUUCCACAGUGCUGUCGCCAUGUCAUUUCACCAGACUGGUUGAUUUAAUUUUGCUUGUUAAGCAAAGGAAUGACACAUACCUCCGUCCAGCUUUUUAGGAAAUACAUUUUGCCUGUUGGGACUUUUUCCUAUUUCCCCCGAAGCCUGUAGGUGGAGCUUGUGCAGAUGGCAUUCCAGAGUCUGUC